CGUAUCUGUCCUAUGACGACGAAGUUCAAAGGUGAAGUAUUUCGCGGGAGAUAUCAAUGUUGCAGAAACAUUGCAUGUAGGAUACUGCGAAAUUGUCUUGGAAUCUCAUUUUAUGUAAAGUUACAUAUUCCAGGUUCAAUAACAGUCAUCCAAAAUAGCCGAGGUAUUGCCAUGUUCUCCGACAUAAUUGAGCAUAAAGAGCCUACACUGCUCCAGCCGCCCGGUUCGGAGCAGCCCGUGUUUCAGCGGGAGCAGCUGCCAUACGAGGGCUGCUCGGAGCGCUUCCGACUGGGUGAGCGCAGCUUCAGUCGACAGUACGCGCACAUAUACGCCACUCGUCUCAUGCAGAUGAGAGACAUCCUUGUCAAGAGAGCCAAGCAAAAGUGGGGACAGUCUGUGCUCUUGCGGAAGUUAUGCGACCUGCAGAUGGGUGAAAACUGUGUGAUUGUGGGCACCAUCUUUAAACACAUGGAACUUCAGCCGUCCAUCCUGAAGGAAAUCAGUGAGGAGCACAACCUCUUACCCCAGCCACCUCGUACCAGAUAUAUCAGCCAGUCAGACGAACUCAUCCUGGAGGACGAGCUGCAGCGAAUCAAACUAGAGGGAAACAUUGAUGUUGCUAAGUUUGUCACAGGGAGUGUGAUUGCCAUCAUCGGUGCAGAGAAGAACGAUGGGAAGUUUACUGUUGAGGACUUCUGCACAGCAGAUAUGCCUGCCCAGACACCCAGAAAGACCCCAGAGUCAGAUAGGUUUGUUUUGCUUGCUUCUGGUCUUGGGCUUGGUGGUACCGGUGCAGACAGCAUGCUAGGUCUACAGCUGCUGGUUGACAUGGUAACGGGACACUUGGGUGACGAGGGAGAGCAGAGUGGAGCGGCAUCCAUCUCCAGGGUUCUGCUGGCUGGGAACCUGCUGAGCCAAAGUACUCAGGAUAAGGACUCCAGCACCAAGGCCAAGUACCUGACUAAGAAGACACAGGCAGGCAGUGUGGACGCCAUCAGACUGUUCGAUGAGCUGUUGGUUCAGCUGGUGGCCUCCGUACCUGUCGAUGUCAUGCCAGGCCAGUAUGACCCCACUAACUACACGUUGCCACAGCAGCCUCUGCACCGCUGCAUGUUCCCCCUCUCCACUCCCUACCCAACCCUGCAGCUGGUCAGCAACCCCUAUCAGGCCUGUGUGGAUGGCGUGCGGUUCCUGGGCUCCUCUGGUCAGAACGUGAGUGACAUCGCGAAGUACAGCAGCAUGGACAACCACCUGGAGAUCCUGGAAACCACACUUCGUCUGCGUCACCUAGCCCCCACUGCUCCUGAUACACUUGGCUGUUAUCCGUUCUAUCAGAGUGAUCCCUUCAUCCUGGAGGAGUGCCCUCAUGUUUACUUCACUGGAAGUGCUCCCAGUUACGAGUCCAAGCUCAUCACAGGACCUGAGGGGCAGGAAGUCCUCUUGUUGGCCAUCCCAGAAUUCAGCAGCACACAGACAGCCUGCCUUGUCAACCUGCGCACCCUACAGUGUGAGCCAAUCAGCUUUUCCUCUUUCACUGAUGAGGAUGAAGAAUCUGAAAUGAAUAUCAGCCACUGAAGCACUGCAGUUGUAUUUAUUGUCCAUCGCAAGGAUUUGAGUCUAUGAUUGGUUAAAAGGAUCUCAACUUAUACUUUACAAUACCAAGGCAUAACGUGUCUCUUGUCAUUACACCUUGAAAGGAAGGAUAUGAAAAAUCAGGUUUCGUUGGAUGGCUAAUUCUUUGGCUCAGUCUGUGUAUUUUGACGAGUGGACUAGUCGCAAGCGACUGUUGCAAUUAUACUGGCUAUGGAAUUUCCCUGCUAUGUUGUAGUCACCUUCUGAUUUGUUUUUUUCUCUUUUUUCCUCCCAUGUGAGCAAUGAUUUCAGUAUAGAAAUCUCCCCAUGUGAAGCAUUUCAAUCACUUUGUGUGAAUUGGUGUUCUGUUACAGUGGUCAACUACCACCUGUCGCAAAACAAAACUAGCAUUUUAUUAAAGAAUGGGCCGUGUUCAUGAUGACAGAUCAUUUGAGACCUUGAAAUGGAUCAGCUGUAGAUCUUUGUGGGUUUGGAUGGAUUAUUAUUGCAUUUAGCUUACAGUGACAUGACAGAAGACGAUAGCACUAUGUAAACAAGCCUUUAUUAGCUGGAAAAUAAAGUCCUUGACCUCAGCUAGACAUUGAGGAUCUUUCUGAAUUGUUCAGUGCAACCCCUCAGUGGGAUCUGGAGCAGUUGCCUCUGAGGGUGAGAAGUGUAUAAUGUAAAUAAAAACAUUUUUUGUAACGAAA